CCAUUAACAGAGACAAUAGUGUCCUCUCCUGCCUGCAUUAUAUCAUCUACUUUACUUCGGUGCAACGAUUGCAUGUGAACAUGCAUCGAAAUAGAAAUAAUUCACCUUUGUCCACGUACGUUCCAAACAACCGGUCGUCAGAAGUGAAACAAACUAAUGUUACAGAGAACUCUGACAAAAGUAAAGAUGCAAUUCAAGAUAAUAAGAAGAAAAGACAAGCACAUUUAGAGCAAGUGAAAUCACGUCGUAAGAAUUUAAGCGAUAGAAAAUCGAGGUUGACCCGUCGUCAUACCAGUUAUAUACCGUCAUAUGCACCAGAUUAUGUGACACCGGCUUCUCAAAGAAGUAAAUCGGACAACUCUCCAACAAGAAGUCCACUAGCAGCAAAACCGGUGCUUGUCAAACAGCUGAGUUUACCACCAGAUAGAUUUGGACCAACAAGCAAAUUGACUCUGGAAGAAAUAAGACAGAAAUAUACUGAAGAUAUUUAUAAGCCUAAAGUGCCCGUCAAGGACAAAGUAGCUUUGAUGGAAUCAUGGAAUCAGGGCCCUGAAGAUCCGAAAAAGCCAAAGCCCAGGGUGCCUCCAAAGCGAUCAACUUCAAACGCAUCACGCUCAAACUCCGAGCAAAAGAGGGUACCAUACAGAGCGCAAAACAGAGGAGCUACCAACCACGAUUCCAGUACUCCAACUACAAAUUCGGGAAAUAAUAUGGCUAGUAAUUCGAGAAGACUAAAUCGAGAUGCCAAACAUCGUAGAUCUAUGUCGGAUCCGAAUCUUCAGAAGAGUUUUCAAGCAAUGAAACAGCUUUGGGAUCAGAAAGUUGAACAAACUUCAAAAACACAGCUAUCGUCAUCUAGGCCACAAAAGUCACGAGGGAGCAGUGUAUCCUCGACACAAUCUAACGAUUCAGAUCAGGCGUCUAGAUCGCCGAAGCAAAGACCACGUGGUGGGAGCGUAAAAGUUGGCGUGGUCAAAGAGGAGAAACGUAAAGGACCUCCUACGCCCACCAAACCCAAACCUGCUCACCUUAGGAUAAAAGAGAAUCAUCUGGGAGACGCACGAAAGAAAGCACAUUCCACUUCUGAUCACACUACGGCUGGAAAUUUGGUGAAAAAUCGUGCGAAAAUGUUCGACUCCAAUACGGAAAACAGGACUCAAACUGAUCGAACGUCCAUCAAUCGUGGAAAGAAUCGUUCAUCUACGACUUCUUCUCCAGAUUCACCGAAAAUUUUCGAUGAGGCAAAUGGAAAUGUCAGUGUUCGUAAAUUGGCGAUGGAGAAUGCCAAAAGAACUUCACCUCGACAUGCUGCCAACAAUAAUAAAAAAUCACAACCAGAAGAGCUGAAAUCCGACUUGGCACGUCUUCUCGAUAACGAAGAAUCAGUGGAUAAAGACAAUAGCGAGGACUUACUUAUAAGUAAAAUGAGAAGAAACAGUGCAAAUUUAGCGAAAGAGAGAAGACGUAAUAUGCGGAGAGAGAACUCUAAUCAUUCUGACAGUGAUUCUAGCUGUUCCGCUACAUCGUCGUUGUCUUCGACAUCAGUUGAUGGGCCGCUGGUAACAAAGAGAAUUCCUUCUAGGGAAGAAACAAAUGAGAAGAAAAUACCAAACUCUCCUGUACUAAAAAGUUACCUUCAUCGCAAUGCCUCUCCAAAAGCGGCCCCACAAGACAGCCCACCGAUCCCGCCACCAAGAAGAGGAAGUUUGUCAGCUUCGGAAAGACGCGAAAGCGUUGGUAGCAUUUCGUCCUCCACGGGCGGCGCACUUCAGACUCCUACUGCCCCAAGAAGGCAAAGUUCACUACACAAAGAGCACACUACUUCAUCAUCACCCAAUCCUUCUCAAACCGACAUUGAUUUUUCACCGACUGCUGCAUUGCAGCGUAAGUUAUCUAUUGAUGCUGCAAAAAGAGUGAGUAUGUCGACAACAGACAGUGGCACAGGCACUGUAUCCCCAGGUAUCAACCGUAAUUCUAGAUCCUCUGCAAGAUCAAUAGAAAACAGAGACAGUAUUGAUAGUGACCCAGAAGCAUUUAAACGUGGAGGUUCAUUUUCGUCAACGUCAUCAUCAAGUAAGACUCCUCCCGCACCUCCUCCGAGUUCCGACAAACCUACGAGAGCCAGAUCAGCUUCUACAUCUCCUAUGAUAGGAAGUAAUCAGUCUCCACCCGUUAAACCACGAGGUCCACCGCCCCCUCCACCUACCAACAAACGGCCCAAAUCUGAAGCCAUUCCGCCCCCAAAUCAGGCCGGAAACAGAGCUUCAAUUGCGUCCACGACAACUGUAUCUAGCCGACUCAGUAUUUUGUCUGAUAUAAGCGGAAGUGGAAGCAUCAGUGGAAACUUUAAUGACGAAAUGAACCGCAUAUUUGAUGUAAUCGCUACUCCCACUAGCAUCAAAAGAUUUAGAACUGAUGACGGUUCGUCUCCUGAAAGUGAGACACAGGAACAGCGACCGGAUACACUGAACAUUUCCAGCAAUUCAGAUUCUUCCAUAACAAUCAAAAGAGAUUCCCUAGAAGUUCCAUCGUUGAGCAAAAAAUCAGGAAAUAGCGAUAACGAAAGUUGGAGCGAUUACGAUCCUAGCGACGAUGAUGGAAAUCAAUUGCCUCUCACGCCUUCAAAGGAAGAACAAAAUUCAAACGAACCAGCCCCCACGCCUGUGCCACUGGAGGUGAAAAUUCACAAUAUUGCAAAAGAAUUGCUAUCGACCGAAGUUACAUAUGUCGACGUACUAUAUUUAAUAGAUCAGAUUUUCCACAAACGUGUUCUCGAGGCCAUCAACAAGAAACAAAUUCAGUCAGACGUAAAAAACAUAUUUUCAAAUGUAUCGGCAAUUUAUCAAUUCCACAGUAAUUUUUUGCUUCCUCAGUUAAAGAAAAGACUUGAAUGCUGGGAAACGAACCCCAAACUUGGUGAUAUCAUGACUCAGGCUGCCCCGUUCUUAAAAAUGUACAGUUUGUACGUUCAAAACUUCGAUGAAGCUAUGAGUAAACUGACUCAUUGGUCCGAUAAAUCGAGCAACUUUGCUGGCAUCAUGAAACAAACUCAAGCUAUGCCUGAAUGUGGAAGUUUAACUUUGCAGCAUCAUAUGCUUGGACCAGUCCAACGAAUACCUCGUUAUAAAAUGUUAUUGGAAGAUUAUUUGAAACGACUUCCAGAGGAUUCACCCGACAGACCCGAGGCUGAAACUGCACUUGAACUUAUAUCAGCUGCCGCCGCACAUUCCAAUGAGACAAUGAAACAGAGCGAUAAAUUCAACAAACUUUUGAACGUGUAUAACAAUCUGGUUGACAUCAAUUUGGAUUUUGUAAACGUUUCAAGAGAAUUGAUUCAAGAAGGAAAAAUUAUCAAAAUUUCGGCAAGAAAUGGAGAAAAACACGAAAGAUAUUUGUACUUGUUCAACGACAUGCUGUUGUGUUGUACCCCACUCCGACGAUUGCAGAAGAAGUCGUAUAAGGUUACUGCCAAGAUAGAUUUAGACGGGAUGGAACUUGUUGCGGACGUCACUAAUAUGACAAUACCACACACAUUUUGUGUAAACGGAACUAAAAAAUCUAUGGAAUUUGCUGCCAAUUCUCCUGAAGAUAAAGAAAAGUGGGUGAAUGCUAUCAACGACGCAAUCGAUAGUUUCAUGGAACGAAAAACGUCUUUUAUGAAGAGUGGAAGUCAGAAAAAGAAAAAUACGAGCGUUGCAGAAGAUACACCGCCACCACAAGUAGCCAGCCCAGAACAACAACAACAAUUUAUACCUAUUGAUCCCAUCUCGCCUCUAGCCAAGUCACCUACACACGUACCGAUUAGUUUUGAGGAAACAGAAAACGAUGAAGAAAAGCGGAUUGAAAUAUCGUGCACCCCAGGUGGAACACAAUAUGUUGUUGACAUCGAGGAGCAUGACCUUGGUAAAAGAGCUCCAAGGUGGAUCAAGGACAAUGAAGUCACUAUGUGCAUGAAUUGUUCUAAGCCAUUCAACAGAUUACUUCGCAGAAGACACCACUGCAGAGCAUGUGGCAGGGUCAUAUGCACUGAAUGCUCUGAGCAUAAGCUGGAAUUGCAAUACGAUACUGGGAAAACGCACAAAGUUUGCAACAAAUGCUAUGCGAUUUUGACCGGAAGGAAAAACGAAGAAGUUGACAAGAAAGGGGUACUAGAGGUUGAAGCGGAUAUUGUAUCUGGUGAUAGCAUAUUGUCCGAAUAUUUGCUGUUUGCUGAAGCCGACAAAAGAAAACCUUGGAACCGAGUUUGGUGCGUAAUACCGAAAAACGAACUCUGCCUCUAUGUUUACGGCGCCAACCAGGACGUUCGGGCCAUGAUGACAAUGCCACUUCCGGGUUUCAAUCUUGUGGAAGAUUCAAGUUUGGAUCGAGAAUUUUCAUUUAAAUUGGUGCAAGCGCGAAAAGUUCUCUUUUUCGCUGCAUCCAGCCAGGCACAAAAACAGCGGUGGAAGUUUGUCUUCGAAAAGGCAGCAGUCGGCGAAAGUGUCUCCAGAGAACAGGUUAAUGAGGCUUCGGAAAGCGCGCAGGCAUUACAGAAUAAGCAAAAUCAGAUUAGGGAAGAUUUGCAAGAGGAGGUCGCUUCAAAACUUGAAACGACAAACGGGUCCAGACUGAGUUCAUCUAGCGCGGAGUCAGCUACAGCUUCAUUGUCAUCUUCUUCGACCAUUAACAGUGAUAGCAGCCGGCCUUCAAGCACAAUGGAAAAGAACAAUUCUUUCUCUGACACCAACGGCUUUAGCCAGCAUGACGGUAACGUUAUGUUUGAAGGCGAGGUCGAAUCGUAGUCUGGUGAACUAUAAUACACUUUCAAAUGAAAUCCGAAUAAAUAUAGUUUCUUAAAUGCCAGCCCAUCUCGACGUAUAUUUAUCAAUCAAACUAUAUUGAUAUGAGUCUUGACAUUUUAAAAUGUACUCGUUUUUGCGUAACCAAGAUUCUAAUACUCUCGUUAUAUUUACGUUCCUUUUUGUUUUGCCUUUAUUACUUAUUGCUUCAAGCUUUUGAAGGCCACAUUUUCAAUCAAGUGCCGAGCUACGAUUUGUAUCUUUAAAUCCAUGUUAAACGAAUGUAAAUUAUGUUUGAUCUUAAUAUUGGGAUACAUUUGUCUGAAUGAAGUGCAUUAUUAUCGAAAAGUUUUUUGCUUCAUGCGUGUUUUGCGUUUACUGAUUUUUACUGCGUUUUCAAACCUUAGGCCAAAAUAACUAUCGGUUGAAUCGAUUCGACCUUGACUGGAUCUAAAUACUGAAUAAAAUUAUUGCAUUUCUUCAUAAUAAAAAGUAAUACAUGUUAUUAAACUAUUUUAUUGUUGGGUGACCAAAAUUAUCACAUACUACUGUAAAGCGACCUACAAGCAAUCGACAGUAUUUUUUAAAUUAUUUUUGCUAACAUGAAAUUCAAAUUUUCCUGUUAGGGAGCAAUGUCGAUAAAACUGUCAUGCAUUUAAUUUAUUGAACUUUCACUUUUAACUGGAUUUCCAGCUUUUCCGUUGAUAAUGAAUUGCUCGCACAGUUAAUAUAUAUACAUCAGGACCAUACCAUAACCGAAACAUCGGGGUCUAGUAAUAAAGACUGUUUUGCUUUAUAAUUUUAAUUUAUUAUAGUUUCUUUAUUCACACCUUUUCAUUUUAAACCUCGAGCGGUCACAGGCUGGCCAUUGUGCUCUCUGACUACUAUUUAUCGUGGUAUUUUAUAUUUAGUGAAUGAGUUUAAAGUAGAUUAAUCAUAAACAUGCUUCAGAUUAGAUAACUUAAAAACUGCAUGAAUAUCUUUCAUUAUGGUAUCUUGAAUAUCUAAUCAAGGUUACAUCUUAGUGAUCUUGUUUCAGUAUUUUGUUUGUUCCAUUUCACUGUACUUUCGAUGUGUAAUAGUUUGACAAUGUGUAGAAAAUAAUAAAAUAAUGUUGCCGAUAACACCAUUCACU